AUGAAGGUCCAAAUCUGGGGUCAAUUACUCGCCCUGACUGUUUUGGCAGUCAUCACUUCCACGCAAGCAACAAAUGAUCCCAAUCUUUCUGCACUACAAGGUCGUGGACAGAGACCAUCAAAGCAGCUAGGUGGCACACUAGAAAAGAGACUUGGAAAUGUAGUCAACUCAGUCACAAGUGCUUUGACCGGUGAUAAUGGCGACAACGGAAAAAAGAAUGGAGAUAAAAGUGACUCUUCCGAUAACUCUAAAAGCGGAGACAAACAACAGCAAUCAUCUUCGUCCACUUCCUCCUCUUCUCACGAAUAUUCCAGCACACCUACACCAAAGAACGAUGACAAAUCACAAUCGCAAUCAAGCAAUCAGCAGCAUGAUAACUCGGGCGAUAAUGGUCUUUUGAGUGGAGUAACAAAAGCAGUAGGCAAUGUUGUCGGAGGUGAUUCGAGCACCAAAUCUGGCUCUUAUAAACCCUCUUCGACACAUUCGAGCUCAGAUGAUCAGCAGAGACACUCUUCCGACAACCAGAACUCUUCUGAUGAUAGCGACAAUGGUCUCUUGAGUGGUGUAACCAAGACGGCCGGUAAAGUUUUGGGAGAUGGAAGUAGUGGCGACGAUGACCAGAAGAAGAACGGUCAAAGCAGCUCUACUCACAGUUCAUCUCAGUCUCAAUCGACUCAAUCAAAAACGCAGGACAAACAGUCUGAUGGAAAGGACAAUGGUAGCUUGCUCGGUAGCAUCACCAACUCUGCUGGAAAGUUAUUGGGAGGUGGAAGUGACAGUGGAUCAGAUGACAAUCAGAACAAGAAAGGUCAGUCACAGUCCAACGCACAACAAAAGAGCAAAUCAACUGAUAGCGACAGUGGUAGCAACAGCGAUGACAACAAACAGGGUGGUGGUCUACUAAGCGGCAUCACACAAAGCGCUGGCAAAUUAUUGGGAGGAGGAGACGACAAUAGCUCCAGCAAGUCCAACAGUCAGCCUUCUCAAACUUCGACCAACACAGCAAGCGAUGACAAACAGAAUGACAACGGUCUGUUGAGCGGUGUAACAGGUACGGCUGGCAAGUUGCUCGGUGGAAAUGGUGCAGACAAAAGUCAGAGCACAUCUUCACAGCCUUCAUCAACAUCAGAUUCAUCGUCUGACAACAAGAAGAGCGGCGGUGGUCCUUUAGAUGGUCUAGGUGGUGUAUUGGGAAAUCUCGGUGGAGGUUUAGGAAACGGCCUUGGAAAUGUUGAACAAGGAUUGGGAUCAGCUGUUCAUGAUCUUGGAGAUGGACUUGGAAACACUCUAGGUGGAGAUGGAAGUGGAAAAAAGAGCGGCGGCCUACUCAGCAACGGUGAUGGCUCCUCCUCUUCCAGCGAUGGUCAACCCAAGAAUGUCGUUACCGGACUAGGCAGUGCUCUGGGUGAUGUUCUCGGUAUCCCUAGCAAUGGCAAUGACAAGGACAACAGUUCCGGGAAUGACCAGAGCAACAGUGGAGGUCUGUUACCAGCACUUGGCAACAUUGUGGGCAAUUCCGCUUCAUCAGACGACGGUGAUUCAAGCGGCAAGCAAAAGAGCACCGGAUCGGAUGACGGCAGCAAGACAUCUGAAGGCUUGUUGGGCGCACUCGGCAGUCUGACUGGAAACAAAGCCGACCAAAGUGACGGUCUCGGCGGUGGAUUAGGAGAUACCGUAGGAGGAUUGUUGAACGGUAAGCCAUCAAGCGACUCAUCCUCGGACGGUUCAGACUCUCAAGUCGGUGAAAGCAAAGCCAAUUCUGGCUUGUUGGGCGGGUUGGGAGAUCUUAUCGGAGGCGGAAGCAGCGAUGGCCAAGGCUCAAACAAUGACGGCCUUUUGAACGGUGUUGGAGGUUUAUUGCAAGGCGGUGACAGUUCUUCUUCCACUGGCAAUAAAAAUUCCGAUAGCUCAAACAAUGGAGGUCUUUUGGGUGGCCUCGGCAGCGUCCUUGGAGGACCGAAGAAGGAUUCCGAUUCAGGUGUCUUAGGAAGUGUAGGUCAACUACUUGGCGGAUCGAAUACAAAUGACAACAGUAAUUCGAACGGCGGUGGAAAAACAGGAGGCCUUUUGGGUGGAUUAGGAAGCGUUGUAGGCGGCCCAUCCGAUAGUAGCGACGAAGGUCUUCUAGGAGGCGUCGGUCAGCUUCUCGGAGGAACAAACACAGAAGGAAAUUCAGGUUCCGGCAGCAGCGGCGGUAGCGGCGGCAAGCAAGGUGGUUUGUUGGGCGGUCUGGAUGGAUUGUUAAAUGGAACGCCAUCCGACGACGAUAAUGGCAAGCAAGGCGGUUCAGGAGGCAAUGGUGGUCUCUUGGGUAGUCUGGGCAACGCACUCGGCGGUCAAGACCAUUCAGGAGGAUCAAAUGGAGGCAAUAACAAUAACAAUGGAGGUAGCAAAGGUGGUCUUUUGGGAGGAUUAGGAUCUGUUUUGGGCGGAGGUCAAAACAGUGGCUCAGGCUCUUCCAACGGCAACAAUAAUGGCGGUUCCGAUUCAAACAAUAAUGGUGGUGUUCUAGGCGGAUUGGGAUCAAUCUUGAAUCCUGGUAACAGCGGCUCCCAAAACAAUGAUGGCGGAAGUACUUCUGGUGGCCAAUCUUCCAACAGCGGCUCACAAUUUGGAACAGAUCCUGAAUCAGGUAGCGGCAGUCUUCCAGCCUAUGGCGGUAUUGGAUAUGUACCACCAGUUUCCACUCAAUCUGGCUUGGGUAGCGAUAGUAAUCCAACCCAAAGUGUCAGCCCAAGUACCAACACCGGUACAACUUCCAAGCCAGAGACUUCAUCGUCAAAUGAGAGUGGCAGUGGCAGUGGAAAUCCAGCAACGGCCAGCAGAAUUCCUGCCACACAGGCAUUCGGAUAUGCUAAUCCAGAUCAAUUGAUCUUGCCAAGUUCACAGGACAACAAUGGCAACAGUGCUACUUGGAACUCUUCUCUCGGUUCAUCAUCAUCAUCCAUUCCUCUACCUAAUACGAUCAUCCCAGAAGGUGCAGCCAAUUCUCAACCUCCAAAUACAACCGUGAUCGCUAUUCUCUUCAAGCCGAUCUUGAAAUGGACUUUCUUGGCUACCUCUACAGGAACCGUUGCUCAAAUCUUUGGUUACAUGCCCGGAAUCAUCUCCGAAGCUAUUAAUCUACAACCUGCUGACAUCAGCACUGUGCGAUUACAGAGUUAUUAUCCAACGGACGAUAAGACCAAUCAAGAUAAUGCUUUGUCUUUAUAUGUUGCUUACAUACCCACAGACCAAGCGAUCAAUCUGCAGAAGCAGGUGAAGGACUACAACGCCUCUUCGUUCUAUACCUUGCCAACGAACAACGUCGCCAAGGAAUUGUCACAAGAAGUUGAUCCAAGCUUUGACAUUUUGAGCAUGGCAUCAGUUUUGAAGCCAAACGCAGCAACAUUGCAAGCCAAUCGUGACAGUAAUGCAACCUUGCGCAAUGCUUUGGUAGGCGUGGCUGCGGCUUUGGUAGCAUGUAUUGCAGCCUUUAUUGCAUGGCGUUUGUGGAGACAUAAGAAGAAGCAACAACGUCGUUUGGCAUCUGCUUCGAUCUAUAAUGGUGCUGCAGCUGGAAGGGCGGGAACGAUUCGUUCUUUCGGUGGUGGUGCAGGUAAUAGAAGCUUACGUGAGACAUGGGCUCCAAGCGUGCACGAACAAGAACGUGUAUUACAAGGUCAAUUAACGGAGACUUGGGAUCAUGCAGUAAGAAAUCCCAUCAGUUCUCACGGUCAUCGAAGCAAUAUGCAAUCCGAAAUGGCAUUCACGGCUGCAAUGCCAAGUCAUUAUACAUCAUCAGCCGGUCACACCGAUCCAUUCCACGAUGCAACAGAGAAUCGUGCAAGUCAAGAAACUGAAAGAACGGGAGGUUCUUCCAGUUUGAGCAGCAGAAGUAGCGCAGAAAGAAGGAACACUCUAUUGUCGAACAGAUUCAGUACAGGAUCAGGAUCUAGCUUGACGGAAGCACAAAGAAUUCAACAGGCAUACAUAGACAGUCAAGCACCUUCAAUCACCUCAGCAGCUGAUGCAUUAGCAUCCACAAGCGUAUUCCAAGAUCAAUAUGAUACGCCACAACAAUACACAUCUAGUCAUGCAUACGGACCAAGAGUGGCAGAUAACCGUAAGAAGCGUUUAAGCAAAGGCAGCGUAACUGGUAGUUCAAUCUCUAGACCAGAGAUGAGAAGCAACAGUAUGCUGUUCUGA